AUGGAGUACAGGUGGUCCACACAUGCAACAAAGUUUCAUUCAAAUGGCUGUACAUUGGUUGGAUCCAGUGUUCGUGGCACACGCUCCAAGGCGGAGCUUCAGGAGUUGAUGGAGAGCUUGCAGCGCAGGAAGUCCGCUCUGGAGGCCAGCUUAAAGGCUACUGCAGACCGUGGUUACCUCACUUUGUCCCCUCCUCCCAGUCCCCAAUCGGCAUCCUCCUAUCUACAGGACCGCCCACCCCUUUCUAUACGAGUCCCUUCUCCUUAUACACCCUCCAGCAGCUUGAGCAUGCCACCAUCACCUCAUCACUCAGAGCGGCCCAUAAGUCCAGUCCCAACCCAAACUCGCGCCCGACACCAAUCGCAGGACAACCUGUUGCUUUGCCUCCCUUCGGAAGGGCGACAUCCCAACACUGCCAACUCACUCCUUUCUAUGUGGAACGGCUCUUCUUCAUCCUACAUGACCGAUGCUUUUCCUUCAUCUCGCCGAGGUCCAAGCGGGGCAGCCAGCAUGCCCUCCAGUCCUCGCUUGGGGCGCAGGCUGCUAGCAAGAGAUGGGGAGUCCACCGUUGACCCAUCACUCCGCCAAAGGAAAUACUCAACUGGCUCUCUGAAUGGCCUGGGAGGACAUAGUCGCUCUCUGCCCAGGUUGUAUCGAGGAGACCCCCCAGUGCUUUCUUUGCCACCACGGCGUACCACCAAACCACGCCGCAGCCUUCCAUCCUUGGAGAAGCCUCCAGAUGUGACCGUGACAGCCAACAUGACCAGCAGUUCUCGCCGGGCCAGCAUCUGUUCCGUGGGCUCUGCCCCAUGUUUGGAUCUAGGCGUAGGAGAAAGGCGGCUGUCGUUUGGUAAAGGAGGCCUGGGGCCCGGCAUGGGGCCAAGGAGGGGCAGUAUCAGUUCUCUCAGUGGAAAAGAAGAACUCCGAGAUUAUCAUCAGAGACAAAGAGAUGAGAGACUACGAGAACAGGAAGUGGAAAGACUGGAACGUCAGCGUCUCGAGACUAUCCUGUGCCUGUGCUCUGAGCUGGGUCGGUCUGAACUGGGCCGGAUGAAGACUGACUCGGGUGUCUCAGCUGUAUCGGACCUGCAGAAGAUCAACCGAGAGCUGGAGAAGCUACAGGUGUCUGAUGAUGAAUCUGUGUUCUCAGACUCUGCAGCAGUGUCUCUGGACAGCGGAUUUUUGGGUAAGGGUCGUGGAGAGAUCCUGACCCAGAGACAGCGCAGAUUCAGCGGGCACAGGGAGACCAGGCCCCAGUCACCCACCACCAGCCUGCGGAGCUCAGUACCCUCACCCUCUCCACACCUCCGCAGCAAGCAGGUGUCUGAAGACAUGCAGCUGAGACAGGAAGUGACACGUAUUGAAGAGGAGAGGAUUCAGGUGUUUAACAACAUCGAGGAACUUGAACAGAAGAUCAGAGAUCUAGACACACAGAUGGACGAGUCUUUCAGAGAGAUGGAGGUGGAGAGAGCUCUUUUAGAUGGGGAGCAGGAGGCAGAAGUGGCUCAGCUACAGAGCGAUAAAGAAAUGCUGGAGCAGCUCAACGAAAAAAUGGCCAACAUGGAGAAAAAUGCUCAAAAAAAUCAAACUCAGGACAAAGCCCUGUUGGAGGCAGAGGGAGUUAAAGUAGAGAGGCUAGCUGAGCUGAUCUCAGAGCAGAAGACCCAGUUGGACACCUGUCCUGAAGCACUGAAGGAGCAGCUCCAGAAUCAGCUAUCCAGGGACACUGAAGCUUUGGAAGCGGAAACGAAGCGUUUUGAAGAUCUGGAGUUUCAGCAGCUGGAAAAAGAGAGCCGUCAAGAUGAAGAGAAGGAGACACAGACGCAGCAACUCCUCAGAGAGAUUGCAGAAUAUCAGAGAUCUGUUGUCACUCGCAAGGAGAGGCUACUUACCCUGAAGAAGCAGUCGACCCAGAUUACCCAGCAGGCACAGCGGGAAAAGGAGAACUUUUUGAAGGAGAAGAGCAACCUCAUUUAUAUGCUGCAAAGGGAACGAGAGAACCUCGCAUCUCUGGAAAGGAAGUACUCUGAGCUGACAGGUGGUCAAGCCUUUCCUCUCAACCCUAUGUCCAUGAAGGAGCACUUUCGCUCUCUGGAGGAUAGGAGGCGGAGCAAUGGCAGUAAAGAGGGCGGAGUUCUGCUGAGUGACGGCGGAAUGUCCCGUAAAAGAGAGAGGCAGAGCUCCGGAACCUUAAACUCUGCCCUUAAUCGCAGUCUGUCUCCCAAGCCCCAUAUGCUGCUGUCUCAAAGCUCUAGCUGUGGUAGUGUUCUCCCCCACACUCUGUCUGUCACCUCCCGUGACCUGGACACCCGCCGCCUGCUCAAGGCAGGUCAGCUGUUUUUGAAUGACGAGAGGCAGAGAGUGAGUGAGAUGUCAAAUAGGACAGUUUCUGAGACAAACGUCUUCCUGGAGCCGUUCCACUACAUGGAUAACGGAGACAACUUUGACACAAUGAGUGUGGACAGUACAGAAAGCCUAGAGACCAGCAUUUCCGCCUGUUCACCGGACAACAUCUCAAGCGCCAGCACAGCUAACAUGGCGAAGAUCGAGGAGAUGGAGCGCAUGCUAAGAGAAGCUCAAGCUGAGAAGAACAGGCUGCUGGAGCACAGGGAGCGGGAGAUGGAGUUGCGCAGGCAGGCUCUUGAAGACGAGAGGAGAAGGAGGGAGGAAUUGGAGAGGAGACUGCAGGAAGAGACAAACCGACGACAGAAACUAGUGGAGAGAGAGUCUCGUCCGCUGACACGAUACCUCCCAGUGAGAAAGGAUGACUUUGACCUGAGAGGUCACAUCGAGGUGGCGGGUCACCAUCCUGAAACUUGUUUUCACCUAGCCAUCACAGAGAAGACCUGCAGGGGGUUCUUGGUCAAAAUGGGUGGGAAAAUCAAAACCUGGAAGAAGCGCUGGUUCGUCUUUGACCGCAAUCGAAGGACGCUGGCAUAUUAUGCUGAUAAACAUGAGACCAAAAUCAAGGGUGUUAUCUACUUCCAAGCCAUUGAGGAAGUGUAUUACGACCACCUAAAGAACGCACACAAGAGCCCAAACCCCUCUCUGACGUUUAGCGUGAAGACACAUGACCGGGUUUAUUACAUGGUGGCUCCUUCCCCAGAGGCCAUGAGAAUCUGGAUGGACGUUAUCGUCACUGGAGCGGAGGGAUAUACGCACUUCCUGGUGUGAGCCGGACUCAUCUUUGACAUUUAACAAGCCCAAAGUGACCUUCACACUUCAACUCGGCCUGCUGAAAGGGUCCUCAUUUUCCACAUCCCCCUUUCUGAAGAGGUUACACGUCUUUGAUUCUCUUUUAUCAGUACUGAUCGUGACGUGAGUGUCAACUGAACGUUUUGCAGACAUCCAUGACCUAGUUUGGAAAACCUGGUGCUUUACCCACUGCAUCCUGUCCUGAGUUUACAGAGGCAGCUUUCAGACUUCAGAGGUACCAACUCUUGAAUUUUUCGUCCCGUUUUGUUCACUUCCGGGGUGAGACUUAGAACAGCUGUAAAUAAGAAAUCACUCACUGGUCUUCACAUUUCACAAAUGUGCCACCUUAUAAUGACGCUGGAUAUACCUCAAAGAUUAACUGCCGUGCUUGUUAAAGCCAAAAACAAACUGUUCCUGGAGUGCCAUACAGACUCUAACAAACAUCAGGGUAUCGUUCAGUACUCUUUUUAUAUCCAGUACAGUACUGAACAUGAAUUUAUAAACUUUUUUUUUUAAUUGACCCUUGUAUCUCUGUAUACUUUGUAUUAUUCCCUCAUUUACCAAGUGCCUUGCAUAUGUCAAUAUCUGAUGAGAAUAGCUAUAUAUUUAGCUAUAAGACUGUGGUUAUUAUAAGUGUUAUUUUGUAUCGACCAAUUGUGCCUCCCUGAUGCUCAGGAACAUUCCAGAAGGAAGAAUCUAGCACCAAAGACGAGCUGAAUUUGUGUUUCAGCAUGAUAUGAAUGUAAUAACUGACACCCAUCGCUUAAGAUGCCAUCUUUAAUAGAUUAAGCUCUUGAUCAUUUAGCACACAUUUUAGAUUAGAAUCAUUGAUUUCUUGAUUGUGUGUUGUACUGCAGUUGACCAGCAGAGGGUUUUACUUUCAAUGAUAUCGAAAUGAUUACAGAAUUUAUUCACUGCAAGAAUUUCAUUUGACCCUUAAGUUGAAAUAUGAGAUGUUAAAAGUUUUGUUUUGUUAUUGCUGAACAAAUCUAUAUUAUAUAUACCAUUCAUAUAGUAAUCUAUAUUAUAUCAGACUCGGGGUGUAACAGCAUGUCUGAACUUAUAGUGUAUCUACUGUUAUUUUUGUUAUGUAGGAAUCAGUAUAUUUUCAUUUAGAGUAAUAAUACAGAAAUAAUAUGAAUAUUGAUGUCAAGAAGAAAUGCCAUGGUUGUCGUAUUAGGAAAGAAAUGAACACACAGGUGCUAUCUGACAGCAAAACCUCUAGUUCAGUGGUUCUCAAGUGCUUUUACUUCAGGAACCAGAUUUUCAGAAAUGUAGCCUUUGACGGCAAUAACUAAUGAUAUGGGGUGUUUUCCCUCCUUUUUAAAAGUUCAUAUUCCUAUUUGUUUUACCAUCCAAAUGAUGUGCAGUUUUAAAAGUAAUUGAAUUUUAUUUGCAUUGCUUUUUCCAUGCCGUCAUACCAGUUAAGAACCACUGACCAAAUUGCCUUGCGUCAUUUGUGCAGUCAUGUCUUUCAUUCAGCCUCAUUUGAAUAUUUUCUGGCAAAUACUUCCACAUUUUCACCAACAAUUUAGGCUGUGAAAUGAAUUACUUUUAGUUUGCCAGCCAGUAGAUCAAUGCUCAGUGUUGGGAAGGUUACUUUGGAAAUGUAA